GUGCGAUUGGCUGCGGGGAGGCGGCCGAGUGUGGGAAGCGCAGUGACGGAAGGAGCGGGGGGCAAAUGGCGGAGAGAUGGUCCAGGGCCCUGUUCAAAGAGCAGCGAUAAUCCUGGUGCGGAGAAAGCGACGCCGGAGGAGGCGGCGCCGGGGGUCCUAGCGCCAGCGCGCACCCCCCACCCCGGCGAGGGAGGCUCCGCGGGGGGGGGAGGGACGCGGAGGAGUCGCGUUGGCGAGCGUGUCCGCGGGCGGAGACUCGGGGCCGAGGAAGCCCAGGUAGCCGCGUCCUCGGGGGCGAGUUCGGGAAGUGCCGAGAGCCGGAGAAGGGUCCCCUGCCGCCUCCUUCCUCCCUGGGUGAGACUGAGAGAAUAUGAAACAGCUGUCAAAAUGACAUCCAGAUUUGGAAAGACAUACAGCAGGAAAGGGGGAAAUGGCAACUCAAAGUUUGAUGAAGUUUUUUCUAACAAACGGACCACCCUUAGCACAAAAUGGGGAGAAACCACAUUUAUGGCCAAAUUAGGACAGAAGAGGCCCAACAUCAAACCAGAUAUUUCAGAAAUUCCUAAAAAACCCAAAAUUGAAGAGGAGGUAACAGAAGAUCCAUUUGGAUUUGAUAGUGAUGAAGAAUCUCUGCCAGUGUCUUCAAAGAAUGUGUCGCAGGCUAAAAGCUGCUCUCAGCUGGAACCCAUUGAAGCUGCUCAGUCUGAGGACUUCAUUUCUCUACUUGAAGCUAAUAGCAGAAUUAAUCAGCCAAUCAGCGGAGACAACAUUGUGUCCAGCAAGAGCAUAUCUUUUGACAAUAUUGUUCAUGGUUUAAAAGAAGAGAGCACAAACAGAAAUGUAGAGGAUGGGGAGAGCAAGAGCAGCAGAGCUAAACUCUUAACAGAUAAAAUACAGAAUUUUAGUGAUGAUAAUAAGAACAGUCACUUCAUCUACAAGAAUGCCGAAGACAGUAAUGAAACCAAUGCUGAAACCACAGAUGUUUCUGGGUACAACAUAGAAACCAAGGACUUACUUGACUCUUGGGACUCCCAUAUUGGGAAAAGCUCAGACUCUCUAUCAGAAAUAUCUCAGACUAAGGGGCCAUUAAGAACUCAUUUGUAUGAAUGGGAGGAUGAAGUUGAAGACUCCACAACUGGAGAGUAUAUGUUAGAUUUUGAUAGUGAACAUUUCUCAGAUAUUAAGAACAAGGAUGAAGAGUUUGAUAAAGAAGAUAUGGAAAAUCCAAAGGAAGCCAUUAGUGAAGAACUUGUGCAAACUGUUCUUAGGCCAAGCAACUGUAGGACUUAUUGUAGAUCCAACAAAGCAAAACUGGGGGCCACAAAUUUUGAUAAGCUAAUGGAUGGCAGUAGUCAGUCUUUAUCCAAAGCAAAUAAUGAAUCAAAUAAUGAUGGUCUGAACCCAGCAAGAAAAGCUGUUUUGAGUGGUGGGACCAGUUUUAGAGGGACAGUUGGACGUACUAGAGACUACACUGUUCUCCAUCCAUCUUGCUUGUCGGUUUGUAAUGUUACUAUACAGGAUACAAUGGAACGUAUUGACGAAUUCACUACAGCAGCUCCUACUGACUUGGGAGAGGCUGGACGUCUAAGAAAGAAAGCAGACAUUGCUACUACCAAGACUACAACCAGGUUUCGACCUAGCAAUACAAAAUCCAAAAAAGAUGUUAAACUGGAGUUUUUUGGGUUUGAAGACCAUGAUGAGGGUGGGGGAGAUGAAGGAGGCUCAAAAAGCUCUGGAAGCUCCAAUUAUAAAAUAAAAUACUUUGGGUUUGAUGACUUGAGUGAAAGUGAGGAUGAUGAAGAUGACUGGCAGUUAGCAGAAAGGAAACCUAACAAAAAACGAAAUAGAACAGCACCAUCUUCCUCAUUUCAGUCUAGUUCUGAUGGCAAUGAGAAUUUUUCCCAGGACGCCCAAUUGAGCACUAAUGCAGAUCUACUGGAUUUUUCAGAGGAUUCAUCUGGUGUACCUGAAGGCAAUAAGAAGUCCACAAAUAAACAAGGUGAUAAAUCUAAGGAAAAUACCAGGAAGAUUUUUAGUGGGCCAAAGAGGUCUCCAACAAAAGCUGUGUAUAAUGCUAGGCACUGGAACCAGCCAGAGUCAGAGGCUUUACCGGCACAACCAGUAUUGAAAACUCCACCCAUCCCAGUAAGGCUAUCUUCAAAGGAGGCAGUUCAUAAAGAUGAUGGAGUUUUUAAGGCUCCUGCACCACCUCCCAAAGUGAUAAAAACUGUGACAAUACCUACUCAGCCCUAUCAAGAGAUAGUAACUGCAUUGAAAUGUAGGAAAGAAGACAAAGAAUUAUACACUGUUGUUCAGCAUGUAAAGCACUUCAAUGAUGUAGUGGAAUUUGGUGAAAAUCAAGAGUUCACAGAUGAUAUUGAGUACUUGCUAAGCGGACUGAAGAGCAAUCAGCCUCUAAACACACGUUGCCUUAGUGUUAUUAGCUUGGCCACAAAGUGCGCCAUGCCCAGUUUCCGAAUGCACCUGAGAGCACAUGGAAUGGUAGCCAUGGUCUUCAAAACACUGGAUGACUCCCAACACCACCAGAAUCUGUCACUUUGUACAGCAGCUCUUAUGUACAUCCUGAGUAGAGAUCGUUUGAACAUGGAUCUAGACAGAGCUAGUCUAGAUCUGAUGAUUCGGCUUUUGGAGCUAGAGCAAGACGCUUCUUCUGCCAAGCUGCUAAAUGAAAAAGACAUGAACAAAAUUAAGGAAAAAAUACGGAGGCUCUGUGAAACUGUCCACAACAAACAUCUUGAUCUUGAAAACAUCACGACUGGGCAUUUGGCAAUGGAGACGCUACUGUCUCUCACCUCAAAACGAGCAGGGGACUGGUUUAAAGAAGAGCUGCGACUUCUAGGUGGUCUUGAUCAUAUUGUAGAUAAAGUCAAAGAAUGUGUGGAUCACCUCAGCAGUGACGAAAGUGAAGAGAAAUUGGUUGCUUCAUUAUGGGGAGCAGAAAGAUGUUUACGGGUCCUAGAAAGUGUAACUGUGCAUAACCCAGAGAAUCAAAGCUACUUGAUAGCGUACAAAGACUCUCAGCUCAUAGUCUCAUCAGCUAAAGCAUUGCAGCAUUGUGAGGAAUUGAUCCAGCGAUAUAACCGUGCUGAAGACAGCAUCUGUUUACCGUACAGCAAGCCUUUGCCUCACCAGAAUGUAACUAACCAUGUGGGUAAAGCAGUGGAAGAUUGCAUGAGGGCCAUCAUUGGUGUCUUACUUAACUUAACAAAUGAUAAUGAGUGGGGCAGCACAAAGACGGGUGAACAAGAUGGUCUGAUAGGCACAGCUAUGAAUUGUGUGCUUCAGGUUCCAAAGUUCCUACCUCAAGAACAGAGAUUUGAUAUUCGGGUGUUGGGCUUGGGUCUGCUGAUCAAUCUGGUAGAGUAUAGUGCUCGGAAUAGACACUGUCUUGUCAAUAUGGAAACAUCAUGUUCUUUUGAUUCAUUCUGUUCAGGAGAAGGAGAUGAUAGCAUAAAGAUAACUGGUCAGAUUGAUGCUGUUCAGGCUUUAGUACAGCUAUUCCUUGAACGUGAACGAGCAGCACAGCUGGCAGAGAGCCAGACAGAUGAGUUGAUCAAAGAAGCUCCUACUGCACAGCAUGACAAGAGUGGAGAAUGGCAAGAGACGAGUGGAGAGAUUCAGUGGGUCUCAACAGAAAAGGCAGAUAGUACUGAAGAGAAAGAUAAGAAGGAAGAGGAUGAUGAAGAACUUGACCUUAAUAAAGCCCUUCAACAUGCUGGGAAGCACAUGGAAGACUGCAUUGUGGCCUCGUACACAGCACUGCUUCUGGGCUGUCUGUGCCAGGAGAGUCCAAUCAAUGUGACAACUGUGAGGGAAUACUUACCUGAAGGGGACUUCUCAAUAAUGACUGAAAUGCUCAAAAAAUUUCUCAGUUUCAUGAAUCUUACUUGUGCUGUUGGAACAACAGGCCAGAAAUCUAUCUCUAGGGUGAUUGAAUACUUGGAACACUGCUAGAUACUUAACUUCCGCUGCAGGCACUCUAAUGCUGGAGCUACCCUUAGACAAAGGAAGGAAUCAUGAAAGAAGUCCUUGAAGAUACACCAAGACCAUUCAUCUGUGUCAUUCGUGUUCAGAUUUUUAAGGCUACCUGGUCUCUUAACCAUGCAUUCAGCAAUUUCUAAAAGACAGUUAUUACAUCAAUCUGCAACUAUCAAAAAUGAGGGGAAAAGGUUCUGAAGAAAAUAAAUAUAGAAUUGAUGCAGUGCAGUAUUUAAAUAUUUUUGGCAGGGUUUACCCUCCUUUUAUUUUUUUCCUGCUUCGUUCAUGACAAGUUUAAAGGGGAAAAACUUGCUGCUGAUAGUGCAACUGCUGUUUACUGUUGAGCCACUGUUUCAUGCCAGCCAGGUGCAAGGCAGCUUAGCUACUGAGGUAUCAAACAAAUGUUCUAAUAAAGAAGUUCUGGACAGCAGUAUCGCUCCUAUUUGAGUUUAAUUUGCUCUUGCUUUUUUGUUACGUGAUUAUUCCAAAAUCAUAAAAUAUAAAUUUUUAAAUACUUGGUGAUUUUAACUACUGUCUAUAUUUAAAAUUGUUGGAAUCCAAAGAGGCAAGGAUUGGAUUGUUUAUAUUUUUAUACUGUUUUGAUUGAUUGAAAUUAGGUGGUUGAACUACUUCAGUUCUAAAACUGUCAUGGCCCAUAUACUGUAAGCUGAUAGACCAUAACGCUUCAUAGUUCUGAAAGGCAUACAAAAACAUAACACAUCAAGCAGUUUAAGGGUAUAUUAUCAGAAAAUGCAGUAACUGUAAAGAGUUGUGCCCUGUUAAAGGACAUAGUGAAAUAAUGUUCAAUCCCAGGGUAGUUUACACUUCAUACUAAGCAAAAACUUUGAAAUGCUGUUUUGAUUUGUUACAAGGGAGCAUUUAAGAUAUAUUUUAUAAUACUCAAUACAAAGAAAUUGGAUGUUUUAGGGGCGAUUCAGUAACGAAGCUAAAACACCAAUGGGGAUUAAUGUUUCCAGCUGACAUAAUCUUUCUAUUUCAUUCUUCUGUAGUAUGGCAAAGUUAAAUGCAUACAACACAAAGCCUUAAAAUGCUGAUAUAGUUAAGAUUUUGUUCAGGUUGAGGUCUAGUUCACAAAGCAUUGUGUUUAGAGACUUUAGUGGAACAAAAAAUCCCAGAAAAUACAUUUAGAUUUUUUUUUAAUAUAGGUGUUUUUUCUUGCACUCAUUAUUCAGACCAGCAAAAUUGGUAAUUAUUUUUAUUAUGCUGGUCUUGAAUAUUUGCAGACUCUUACGAGAGUUCUGUGUCAUCAACAUUUUUUAAAUACCUGUAUAGGUAAUUACAUCAUGUUACUCCACUGAAUUUGUAAAACUUGAAGCCAUAAAAAUAUUAGCUCUAUGUAUAAUGAGGGGGAAUAACAGGAAAUCUAAUAUGCUUUUAGAUCUUGUGUUAUUUUCAUGUAUAAAGUUACAAACUCGUGCUUUUGUAUCAGUGCCAGCUGUAAAAUUUUUUUACAUACAGUGGCUGCCUUCUAUGUCUUCCUAUUUUUGAUAAUGCAGAUUGUUGGGAAUUCUGUAAGGAAGUAACUGAUUAGAGGCAAAAAUCCUAUGUUGGUCAUAACUUUUUGCAUUUUCUCUCAUCACCUUCUAAAAAUUUAGUGUACCAGUGUAACUUAGAAGGGAUUUUGCAGUUGUGUUUUCCCUUUGCGUAAAAAAUCUCAGUAUAGAAAGAGAAACGUAGUAAAAUUAAAUAUGUAAAUUAUUUCUGACAGGAUUAAUUUAUUAGGUAUGUUUUGCCUGUUUAGUCUUAUGAUUUUAAAUUAAUGGCUUUUCAUUUGUAGUUAGAAUUCAAAAAGAUUAAACAAUUAGGUUUCUGUGGACAGAUGGCAAGAGAUAAUAAAAUAUAGAUUUAAUGCAAAAAAAAAAAAAGGCAGGGGGAACUAUGAUUCUCUGUUACACUGGUAAUUGUUCGAAUUGGAAUUGAUUUACCUCAGUGUUUAACAGUUUUUUUAGAUAACUAAUUGUCAAGCACUGAUGAACACAGAUGUUUUUUUUUGAGGGUGGGGGGGAGAAAUCACCCUGUGAACUGCAGUGCAUUUUUUGUGUGUUUAAACCCUCAAAUAACUCUGCAUUAAAGGGUACUUGAGGCCAACUUGCAAAUUAAAAAUUUAAAGUAACUUUUUUCCAUUGUAAAUAUUUGUGUAAAUACUCUCAAUUGGAAAUUAGAAUGGUAGAGUACUUUUCUGAAUCCAAUCCUAUUUUUAUUUUAUACAGUAUUUCUCAGCUGUGAUCUUUGGAGCAAAAGCCAACGGCAGGAAAAAUAGUUUGUACGAGUUUCAUGAAGUAUGUCUUUGGGUUUUUGUAAAUAAUUUUAACUCAAAUAAAAUUGCUACUUUCAAUACA